AUGCCACACAAAGUCACCAACGACUCAAAUUCCACUCUGUCCAGCAGAGGCAGUAGUGACCAAGAUGUCAUAGCAGAAGUCCAAGUCAGAGCCGCCCGUCCUAUCCGCAAACCCCCGGUCAUUAUCCAUAACAAGGGUGGCCAGACAUAUGACGAAACGAGACCGUCUGAUUGGGACAAACAACGCUGGAAAUAG